GCUGGUCCCGAUCCCCGCGCGCCCUGGGCUGGCCGCUGGUUCCAGUCGUCUUUUCUUGCACUGCGUUGCUCCGUCCUUGCUCCACUCGUGCUCUGCUGUCCCCCGGACCCUCUCCUCUCGGCCGAGGAGACCUGGGACCGCGGGUUCCCGCUCCGACUUUGCCUUUGCUGCCCCCGCUUGCACCCCGUGCCCCCUCGCCCGGAGUCGGGCGCGCGCCGGUCCUCGUCAUUGGCGCCGCAGCGCCUUCCCACCGGCAGCCCGGACGGAGGGCUGGGGUGGAGGAGGCGUGAGCGCGGCUUCCCGGCCCGGGGUCGCCGGCCGCCCGCCCUGCCCCCGCCUCGGCCCGGUGCCCCCGAGCCGCGGCCCCCUCCCAGCGCAGGGGCCGGCGGCCGCGGCAGGGCGGGCGCCGCGCGGAGGCAGGGCGGGCGUAUUCAAUGGAAGUAUGCUACCAGCUGCCGGUGCUGCCCCUGGACAGGCCGGUCCCCCAGCACGUCCUCAGCCGCCGAGGAGCCAUCAGCUUCAGCUCCAGCUCCGCGCUCUUCGGCUGCCCCAAUCCCCGGCAGCUCUCACAGAGGCGUGGAGCUAUUUCCUAUGACAGUUCUGAUCAGACUGCGUUGUACAUUCGUAUGCUGGGAGAUGUUCGCGUGAGGAGCCGAGCAGGAUUUGAAUCAGAAAGAAGAGGUUCCCAUCCAUACAUCGAUUUUCGUAUUUUCCACUCUCAAUCUGAAAUAGAAGUGUCUGUCUCUGCAAGGAAUAUCAGAAGGUUACUAAGUUUCCAGCGGUAUCUUAGAUCUUCACGCUUUUUUCGUGGUACUACCGUUUCAAAUUCUCUGAACAUUUUAGAUGAUGAUUAUAAUGGACAAGCCAAGUGUAUGCUGGAAAAAGUUGGAAAUUGGAAUUUUGAUAUCUUUCUCUUUGAUAGACUAACAAAUGGAAAUAGUCUAGUAAGCUUAACCUUUCAUUUAUUUAGUCUUCAUGGAUUAAUUGAGUACUUCCAUUUAGAUAUGAUGAAACUUCGUAGAUUUUUAGUUAUGAUUCAAGAAGACUACCACAGUCAGAAUCCUUACCACAACGCUGUCCACGCCGCGGACGUUACUCAGGCCAUGCACUGUUACUUAAAAGAACCUAAGCUUGCCAAUUCUGUAACUCCUUGGGAUAUCUUGCUGAGCUUAAUUGCAGCUGCCACUCAUGAUCUGGAUCAUCCAGGUGUUAAUCAACCUUUCCUUAUCAAAACUAACCAUUACUUGGCAACUUUAUACAAGAAUACCUCAGUACUGGAAAAUCACCACUGGAGAUCUGCCGUGGGCUUAUUGAGAGAAUCUGGUUUAUUCUCACAUAUGCCAUUAGAAAGCAGGCAACAAAUGGAGACUCAGAUAGGUGCUUUGAUACUAGCCACAGACAUCAGUCGCCAGAAUGAGUAUCUGUCAUUGUUUAGGUCCCAUUUGGAUAGAGGUGAUUUAUGCCUAGAAGACACCAGACAUAGACAUUUGGUUUUACAGAUGGCUUUGAAAUGUGCUGAUAUUUGUAACCCAUGUCGGACCUGGGAAUUAAGUAAGCAGUGGAGUGAAAAAGUAACAGAGGAAUUCUUCCAUCAAGGAGAUAUAGAAAAAAAGUAUCAUUUGGGCGUGAGUCCACUUUGUGAUCGUCAGACUGAAUCUAUUGCCAACAUCCAGAUUGGUUUUAUGACGUACCUAGUGGAGCCCUUAUUUACGGAAUGGGCCAGGUUUUCAAACACGAGGCUGUCCCAGACAAUGCUCGGGCAUGUGGGGCUGAAUAAGGCCAGCUGGAAGGGACUGCAGAGAGAACAGUCCAGCAGUGAGGACGCUGAUGCUGCAUUUGAACUGAACUCACAGUUAUUACCUCAGGAAAAUAGGUUAUCAUAACUCCCAGAACUAGUGGGACAAACUGCCUCCUGGAGGUUUUUAGAAAUGUGAAAUGGGGUUUUGAGGUGAGAGAACUUACUCUUGACUGCCAAGGUUUCCAAGUGAAUGAUGCCAGCCAGCAUUAUUUAUUUCCAAGAUUUCCUCUGUUGGAUCAUUUGAACCCACUUUUUAAUUAUAAGACCUGAACAUAUAGCAAUAUGCAUUUGGCUUUUGUGUGAAACCUUGAAUGUGCAAAGCCCGACAGGAGAGAACCCGAAAGGAGUAACAAAGGAAGUUUUGAGGUGUGCCACGUGUUUUUCAAAGCAUCUAUUCUUCAAACCGUGAAACUUGAACUGAAUCUGUCAGCAGCAAUCUCUUGGAAUUUAACCAGUCUCAUGCAACAAUGUGUAUCUUGUACCUUCCACUAAGUUCUCUUUGAGAAAACGGAAAUGUGAAGUGCCCAGCCUCUGCUGCCUCUGGCAAGACUCAAUGUUUACAAACCAACUCUGAAAAUACUGGUUCUAAAUUGCCUUGGAGCAUGAUUGUGAAGGAACCACUAAAAAAAUUUAAAGAUCAAACCUUAGACUGCAGCUCUUUCCCCCUGGUUUGCCUUUUUUCUUCUUUGGAUGCCACCAAAGCCUCCCACUUGCUAUAGUUUUAUUUUGUGCACUGGAAACAGCAUUUAUGAUAGAGUACCGCCAAGCUUUCACUCCAGUGCUGUUUGGCAAUGCAAUUCUUUUUUUUAACUAUUAGUUUUUAAUUUGGGGCGGGAGGGGAAGACACCAAUGUCCUAGCUGUAUUAUGAUUCUGCAGUGAAGACAUUGCAUGUUGUUUUCACUACUGUACACUUGACCUGCACAUGCAAGAAAAAAGGUGGAAUGUUUAAAACACCAUAAUCAGCUCAGGGUAUUUGCCAAUCUGAAAUAAAGUGGGAUGGGAAAGUGUGUCCUUCAGAUCAAGGGUACUAAAGUCCCUUUCACUGCAGUGAGUGAGAGGUAUGUUGCGUGUGAAUGUAUGGAUGUGUGUUUGAGUGCAUGUUUGUGCAUGUAUGACUGUGCAUGUGUUAUGUUUACCCAUGUGGGAAAUGAUUUGAAAUGUAAGCUUUUAUUUAUUAUUUUAGAAUGUGACAUAAUGAGCAGCCACACUUGGGGGAGGGAAAGGUAGGUAAGCUGUAACAGAUUGCUCCAGUUGCCUUAAACUAUGCACAAAGCUAAGUGACCAAACUUCUUGUUUUGAUUUGAAAAAAGUGCAUUGUUUUCUUGUCCCUCCCUUUGAUGAAACGUUACCCUUUGAUGGGCCUUUUGAUGUGAACAGAUGUUUUCUAGGACAAAAUACAAGGACUAAUUUUAAACUUAAAACAUUCCACUUUUGUAAUUUGUUUUAAAUUGUUUUAUGUACAGUAAGCACAACUGUAAUCUAGUUUUAAGAGAAACCGGUGCUUUCUUUUAGUUCAUUUGUAUUUCCCUUGUUACUGUAAAAGACUGUUUAUUAAUUAUGUUUACAGUUUGUUGCAACAGCCAUUUUCUUGGGAGAAAGCUUGAGUGUAAAGCCAUUUGUAAAAGGCUUUGCCAUACUCAUUUUAAUAUGUGCCUGUUGCUGUUAACUUUUGAUGAAUAAAAACCUAUCUUUUCA